AUGAGACUCAUCAUCCGUGACGAUGCCGAGGCGUCGAGUGCCUACGUCGCACAGUAUGUCGUUGAUCGUAUCAAGGCGUUCAACCCGUCUCCUCAGAACCCCUUUGUGUUGGGCUUGCCCACCGGGUCAAGCCCUCUCAUCGUCUACCGCAUGCUCGUGGAGAAGUACAAGGCUGGUCAUAUCUCCUUUGAGAAUGUCGUCACCUUCAACAUGGACGAGUACGUAGGGAUCCCGCGCGACCAUCCCGAGUCAUACCACUCCUUUAUGUGGAAGCACUUCUUCUCCCACGUCAACAUCCACCCAUCCAACGUGCACAUCCUCAACGGCAACGCCCCGAACCUCGAGGCUGAAUGCAUUGCCUACGAGGAGGCCAUCAAAGCUGUCGGCGGCAUUGACCUCUUCCUUGCUGGUAUUGGUGACGACGGCCACAUUGCCUUCAACGAGCCCGGCUCGAGCUUGGCGAGCCGCACGCGGGUGAAGACACUUGCGUACGACACAAUCCUAGCCAACUCGAGAUUCUUCGACAACGAUGUCAACAAGGUACCUCGCAUGGCCUUGACCGUUGGCGUGCAGACGGUGCUCGAGGCACGCGAGGUGGUCGUCAUCAUCCUCGGCCAACGCAAGUCGCUGGCGCUGCAGAGAUGUAUCGAGCAAGGGGUAAACCACAUGUGGACACUGUCGAGCCUUCAGCUGCACCCCCAUCCCAUGAUCGUCGUGGAUGAGGACGCGACCGCAGAGCUGCAAGUCAAGACCGUCAAGUACUUCAAAAGCAUCGAAAAGGUGGCGCUCGAGCAAGGUUUCGAGCAAAUACUGCCUUCCAAGGUGCGCACCGGUAAUGCUGCCAGCGUCCCCCAGACCCGUGUGGAUGAGGUCUCGUCGCCCACAAUCCUGGCACCACAGCCCACAACGUCGUGCUUGCUUCGCGCGACACCGGCGACCGAGUACCCCGUGCGGUCUGUUUCACCAGAGCUUGUGCCCGACAGGAUGGCCUCGAGGAUACCAGAGCCGGCGCUGAACAACCGGUUGACACCCAACCCUGAUCAGCAGGUGUUGAGGCCGGCGGGCAUUGCUGCUUAG